AUGGCAUCCUAUGACACGACUGCAUGGUUCAAACAGACUCCAGGAGAAAAGCCUCUUGUCAUUGCUUCUGCUUUUCACACUGCACAAGUUGCAUAUCAUGAUGGUUUCGACAAGAGCGGCCGCUUUAAAGCUUUAAGAAAUAAAAGCAGUUUUAAUAUGAGUAUCUCAAAAGCAGAACCAUCUGAUUCAGCAACAUAUUACUGUGCAAUGGCAGAUUACACAAAUAUUGCAUUAUCAGCUUGCACAGUUUUAGUCCUCAAAGGUUCACCUUCAAGUAUCUCUGCUGUUCUCCAGCCUCCUGUAUCAGAUCCUGUUGAACUGGGAGGAGAUACAAUUUUGCAGUGUUCAAUACUCACAGAUACGUCUGCAGGAGAACACAGUGUGUACUGGUUCAGACAUGGAUCAGGAGAAUCUCAUCCAGGAAUCAUUUACACUCAUGGAAACAGGAGUGAUGAGUGUAAGAAAAGCUCUGAGACUGAUUCUCCUACACAGAGCUGUGUCUACAAACUCCCCAAGAGAAACCUCAGCCUCUCUGAUGCUGGAACUUACUACUGUGCUGUGCUCAUGUGUGGAGAGAUCAUCUUUGGGAACGGAACUAAACUGGACUUUGCAGAGAAAGAAGUUUUGGACCCAACCAUUGUUGUUUUAGCUGUAUCAAACAUCAUCUCCAUGGCUGUGGCUGAAAACACUGACAUCUUGAACUAUGCAGCUCUAAGCUUUGCUCAGUCUUCCUCCUCAAGAAGAAGCAGAACAAAGAACAGCAGUGAUCAGCCUGUGUACGCACAGGUAAAGACCCAUCAGUAG